AUGGCCGAGUUCGAGGAGUCCCUUGAAGAACUUAAGGCGAAGCAAAAGCUGUAUGAGGAACAGCUGCAGCAGGUGGAAGAUGCGCUGAAACAAGAAGAAACCGAAGACUUGAAAAGACUCCAGGCGGAUCUGAAGGAAGUUAUCCAACUGACGAGACACCUGGUGGAGUACAAACAGCAGCAGGAGCAGCAGCUGGCGGACUCUUCUGCAGAAGCAGCAGCAGCCGCAGCUGCAGCAGCAGUAGCAGUAGCAGAAGCUCCUCAAGAGUCGUCAGCCACAGAUAAACAACCUUCUCCAGCGCCCCGGGAGCAGCAGCAGGCUGUUGCUCGAACCGACACCGCACCCACCCCAGCGCCAGCGGCAUCCGCCCAAGAACAGCAGCCAACAAGGGGGCCUUUAGUAGGAAGGACGUGCUCUGCUGAAUAUGAGGGAAAGAGGUACUACGCCUCAAUAGUUGAGGUAAAGCGGGACCCCAAGGAAGGAGAGCGGGUGGUGGUUGACUUUAUCGGAUGGGGGAACAGAGAGGAAUACCCUUUACAACAAGUGGUGCUCCUGCCUCAGGUGUCCGCAACGGACUUCCCAGUUGGCACGGCCGCCCAGGCGAUUUAUUCGGGAGACGGCCGCUGGUACGACUGCUCCAUCAUCGCGACGACCCCGUUUGGAUUCCGUGUGCGCUUUACGGAGUAUAAAAACGAAGAAGAUCUGCCAGGAGACAGAGCACAGAAAAAUAGCAAAAAGCGCAGAGUCAAGGCAAUCAAGCAGCAGCAGAAGACGGAACAGGCAGAGCAGCAGCUGACGGACAGCGCGAAGUCGUGGCAGCAAUUCAACAAAAAGGCUGUGAAGAAAGCCAUGCCAGGCUUCAUGACUGGGCGAGGGCACGAGAGCAUCUUCAGAGGUAUUGAGGUAAAACCAAAUAUAAAUCCGGUGGAAGCGUCUCGACAACUGCAGCUGCAGCAGACCUUCAUGCCGCGUAGAAAACACGACUUUGACGAAGGCAAUUUGCCAGAUGACUAA